CCCGGCCGGCCUGGUCCCCGGGCGCCGCGGCCAUGGCGGCCAGCGCCAAGCGGAAGCAGGAGGAGAAGCACCUGAAGAUGCUGCGGGACAUGACCGGCCUCCCGCACAACCGCAAGUGCUUCGACUGCGACCAGCGCGGCCCCACCUACGUGAACAUGACGGUCGGCUCGUUCGUCUGCACCUCCUGCUCGGGCAGCCUGAGAGGGUUAAAUCCUCCACACAGGGUGAAAUCUAUCUCUAUGACGACAUUCACACAACAGGAAAUUGAAUUUCUGCAAAAGCAUGGAAACGAAGUCUGUAAACAGAUUUGGCUAGGAUUGUUUGAUGAUAGAUCUUCAGCAAUUCCAGACUUCAGGGAUCCACAAAAAGUGAAAGAGUUCCUACAAGAAAAAUAUGAAAAGAAAAGAUGGUAUGUCCCACCAGAACAAGCCAAAGUGGUGGCAUCAGUUCAUGCAUCUAUUUCAGGGUCCUCUGCCAGUAGCACAAGCAGUACCCCUGAGGUCAAACCACUAAAAUCUCUUUUAGGAGAUUCAGCACCAGCGUUGCACUUAAAUAAGGGCACACCUAGCCAGUCCCCUGUUGUAGGUCGCUCUCAAGGACCACCUCAGGAAAAGAAGCAGUUUGACCUUUUAAGUGAUCUUGGCUCUGACAUCUUUGCUGCUCCACCUCCUCAGUCAACAGCUACAGCCAAUUUUGCUAACUUUGCACAUUUCAACAGUCACACAGCUCAGAAUUCUGCAAAUGCAGAUUUUGCAAACUUUGAUGCAUUUGGACAGUCUAGUGGUUCGAGUAAUUUUGGAGGUUUCCCCACAGCAAGUCACCCUCCUUUUCAGCCCCAAACUACAGCAUUUAGAAUGCUUUCAUCUAGCUGCAGUUUUGGUGAACUUACUUCAGCCUUUCCUCUCCAGGCCACCAACAGUGGAAAUGCUGGAUCAGUAAAUGCUAAUUUUGCUCAUUUUGAUAACUUCCCCAAAUCCUCCAGUGCUGAUUUUGGAACCUUCAGUACUUCCCAGAGUCAUCAGACAGCAUCAGCUGUUAGUAAAGUUACAACGAAUAAAGCUGGUCUACAGACUGCAGAUAAAUAUGCGGCACUUGCCAAUUUAGACAAUAUCUUCAGUGCUGGGCAAGGUGGUGAUCAGGGGAGUGGCUUUGGGACCACAGGUAAAGCUCCUGUUGCUUCUGUGGUUUCAAUUCCCAGUCAGUCAAGUGCAUCUUCAGACAAGUAUGCAGCCCUGGCAGAACUAGACAGCGUAUUCAGCUCUGCAGCCACUUCUAGUAAUGCAUACACUUCUACAAGUAAUGCCAGCAGCAAUGUGUUUGGAACAGUGCCAGUGGGUGCUGCUGCACAGACACAGCCCGCAUCUUCAAGUGUGCCUGCUCCUUUUGGAGCUACGCCUUCCACAAAUCCAUUUGUGGCUGCUGCUGGGCCUUCCGUAUCAUCUACAAAUCCAUUUCAGACCAAUGCCAGAGGAACAACAGCAAUGCAUUCUCAAGUGUUUCCUCACGCUCAUUUUGCGGCGACCUUUGGUACUGCGUCCAUGAGCAUGCCUGCGGGGUUCAGUACUCCUGCACCCUACAGUCUUCCCACCAGUUUUAGUGGCAGCUUCCAGCAGCCUGCCUUCCCUGCCCAAGCAGCUUUCCCUCAACAGACAGCUUUUUCUCAACAGCCCAAUGGUGCAGGUUUUGCAGCAUUUGGACAAACAAAACCAGUGGUGACCCCUUUUGGUCAAGUUGCAGCUGCUGGAGUAUCUAGUAAUCCAUUUAUGACCGGUGCACCAACAGGACAAUUUCCAACAGGAAGCUCAUCCACCAAUCCUUUCUUAUAGCCUUCUAUAGACACUUUAUUGGAACGAACUUUUAUGUGGUCACAUUACAUCUCUCCACCUCUUGCACUGUUGUCUUGUUUCACUGAUCUUAGCUUUAAACACAAGAGAAGUCUUUAAAAAGCCUGCAUUGUGUAUUAAACACCAGGUAAUAUGUGCAAAACAGAGGGCUCCAGUAACACCUUCUAACCUGUGAAUUGGCAGAAAAAAGGUAGCAGUAUCAUGUAUAUUAAAAAUUGGCUAAUCUUAAGUUAUUGCAGAUACCACAUUCAUUAUGCUGCAGUACUGUACAUAUUUUUCUUAGAAAUUAGCUAUUUGUGCAUAUCAGUAUUUGUAACUUUAACACAUUGUUGUGUGAGAAAUGUUACUGGGGAAAUGGAUCAGCCACUUUUAAGGUGCUGUCAUAUAUCUUGAAAUGAAUGACGUAAAAUCAGUUUAACCAUUGCUACUAGAAAGUUAAAAGUCAAAAUUGGAAGGUUUUAUUCAUUCUUGAAUUUUUCCUUUCUGAAGAGCUCUUCUAUUUAUACAUGCCUAAAUUCUUUGACAAUGUAGAGGGAUACCUGUCUGCGUAAUAAAGCUGAUCAUGUUUUGCUACAGUUUGCAGGUGAAAAAAAUAAAUAUUAGAAAAUAUGCUAUUGUUUUUGUGUUCUUGCUGCAAUGCCUUUACCAAAGUGGCCUUAAAUAUGAGUAGUGAAUUGACAACAUCUUGAAUUCUUAAGUUAGAAUUUCAGAAGACUUGUAGUGACUAACUUUUAUGUCUAAAAGAGAAAAUUUUAUAAAGGCCAUGUAAAAAAAUUAUUAAAACUAGUAUGACUGCUAUAUUCAGUAAUAUGUCAGUGGUAAAGCAUUUAAAUGUAGCUUGUCCGAUUCACCAUAAUCCUCCUAAUUUGUUUGCAACUUAAUUUUAUGAGCAUUUGUAUAUAUAAAUGAUUUGCAUGCAUGUGUAUUUACAAAUUUUUAAAGUAUCUUGAAUUCUCAGACUGCAAAAGACCUAUUUUAACUUUUUUUUUUUUUUAAUAUAUUGUCUUUGAAUGUAUUGGAAGCAAACAUGCAUUGACUGUGACACGAUUGCACCUCAGUUUCUUUGUUUUUGUUUCUUUUGGACAAACUGAUAUUAUUCAUAAGACAUUUGUUCAUGUUCAUUUCUAGGGGGAAAGAAACUGGAAACCCAAUCUUAAAGUUAUAGAGUACUUUGUUUAAAAUGACAAAGAUACUAAUAUUUUAGUUGUAUUUUUUGUUAAUAUUCAAAUGAACUUGUUUAAAUAUUUAUGUAAAUAAUGCCUCAUUUACCCAGAGAUAACCUGGCAGUCUCAUCAAAAUGGAACACAACUGAGAAACUUGGAAUUUUUGUUUUUAAUGGCUUAGAGCAACUCACCUAAUCACACUGUCUGUAUGUUCAGAACUCAUACAUUUGUUUUAUGUGAAAUUUUUAUUAAUUUCCCAGCCUAUUGCAUACUAGCAGUUCAGAUGUAAUGGCUUAAAAGGAAGGAGAUAGAAAGUACUAUGGUCCAGGGACAGACAGCCCAGCAGGAAGGACAUCACUGAUUCUCUGAUAUAUGUCUCCUGUUGUAACUUCCUGUCAUCAGGAAAAGUGAAAUUACACUUAGAAAUAACUAACAUGUUUGAAAAGUUUUAUAAUGAUCAAAAAAAAAAAGCUUUGAUGUUGAAAUAUGUAAACAUCAGUUUCCUCAAACAUUUUAUUCAUGUUGAAUACCUUUUCCAGUGGUGAUUGCAUGAAUUCUUAGAAUAAUAUAUUAAAAUCUGUGUAGUAUGUCAGACUUGUUAAAAUAUUGCUCUCUGUAUCUAAUGGUGGUUUAUCUGAACCAUUCUGACUAAGAAUACUGGGAUGUUUCUGUCCCUAUUCUGAACAAUAUGCCUAUUCUCUGAGAAUUAAAUGAAUCCUGCAAAGGUCUAGGUGUGUGUUGGUUUAUACUUGAAAUGUCUUUGCUUUGGAACUCUUCCCUCCAGUAAUUUUUCAUGGAAUUUCUGCGUUUUAGAUUGUAUUGGGUCUCAAUUCAUAUGUACAAUGCUAUGUAAUUGUAGGUUAUUGCUCAAAUAACCUAACAGAACUCUCCAUCUAUGAAAUAAGUAAAUUAAACAGUUUUUAUGAAAAUAGUUUUAAAGACAUUAUUUGCUGGGUAAAUUUUGAAGCUUGUAACUCAGUGCUGUACUGACUUCGAGUGUUCGUAAAAUCCAGAUGCUUAAUUUAAGAAGUGGGUCAGAUUGAUAGUGGAUUUAGGUCAACUUUUGUUAGACUUUUCGUAUUCAGAUUUGCUUCUGGCUUUUUAUAUAUUGUAUUAAGUGCCCCAAAAGAGAAGGUUCUUCAGUUUUUGUGACUGUUUGAAUGAAAUUGAAAUUUUUCUUUUAGAGUAGCAAACCUUCUUGAUCUAGUUUAAAGACCUAAUCUCAUCUUUGUGAAAUUUAGAGAUCAGGUAAUCACUUUCUUCCUUCAAAUAUUUCCUUCAGCAGAUGUGAAGGAACAUGGCGUGUCUCAAUCUGGGAGUCACCCAGGCUCAUUCUCUUUGGUACAGUUGCUCUAAACUGGUAAAAUGGAUGAGUAAUUGACUGCCUUUGUACCUUAAUACUAACAGUUCUAAAACACUUUGGUUUUAGGACAAUAAUUUAAAAUUUUUUCAAGAGCCCCAGAGAGCUUUUGUUUAUGUAGUUUAUAUCUAUCUGCAUUUACUGUAAUAGGGGCUUUUUAAAAAACCUGUUUAUUUAAAUGUAAUUAACAAUAAUAAUAAUCAACCCAUUACAUGUUAACAUAUAAAUGCCAUGUUGAUGAAAAUAACGACUUUCCAGAAGACAUUAUUUUGCAUUUUCUAUUAAUAGAAGCAUUGGGGCUGUGCAUCCUCUUAUGCCUUUUGGUUCCUUGUGUGGCGAGUGGGUACUGGGAAGCUGCUGCGCAUGAGUGAAGAGGCGUUGACAUCUUAGUAUUAUUAUGAAGUCAGCUUCUCUUUGAGUUCUAGGGACAUCCCCCUCCUCCUGGGGGUCCUUAAGCCAUAUGUUGAGAACCAUACAUCCACUUGAAAUUUGCUUGCUCCUAGAACAGGAGUGGUUAGUAUAGGGUAAGUUUACUGUUUUCUGGACUUCGGAGAUUGUUUUUGUUUGGGGGACAAAUUGAAAUUCUGGUUGAAAUUGCAAACAUUUUAAUGUUCUAAUUUUAUUUGAAAAUAUUUCAGUGAUGAUGAUAUUGGUGGAUAUUACCUUUUUGAAAGGCUAUUGUAAGUUCUACUUCUCAGUUACUGGUGUUUAUUUUGAGAACAUUUACUAUCCCAGCUGCUUUGAGGUUGCAUAAUUGAGGGAUUAUCAAAUAGCUAUUUAAAAACUUUUGAAUUUCUUCACCUUACUGAAGAAAUCUUCAAAAUGAAGAAGUUUCUUAACUUUCACAUUUCUGGUUAAUAAAGAAUUUCACACACACAGAAAAAAUAGAUUCCUCUUAACUAGGAAGUCAAGCUAAUACAAUGAAAGGAUGUGUCUACUUAAGAAAAAGAUUUGCUGUGAAUUUUCUCUCCACACAGAUUUUACAGUUUAUUUUUAAAGAGAAUUCUUGUUCCUUUUUUCAUUUAACCAAAAUACUGAAAUCUUUUGAAGUUAUAGUGUCAUGUUAAAAGGUAGCAGGGUAAGUAGUCACCACAAGCUUUUGCUUUGUUGCUGUUGUGGUGUAGUGUGAACCUGCUUCUUGAGGUAAUUUUCCAUGUCAUCCUGGGUGACCCUGCACCUUGCUUCCUGGGCUGCCUUGUCUGAGUUUCUACUACUGCGUGAGUGGCUGACUCCAUCUUUGGCCACCCCUUAGACUCUCAGGCUUAUGUUGGGGAAUUAAACUAGGGGACCAUUAUGAAUAUGUAUAGUUUUGAAAUUAAUGUUUUCAAAGUAGUAAUAGUGAUGGUAUUAUAGGGCAGGGUGUUUUGAUCCCUUUCAGUGUAUCAGAAGCUUGCUAAAUGCGUUUCAUUGUAUAAUCCUUAAAGUGAACUCAGAUAACACACUGAGAAAUUAAACUGGUGGCAAGGCCUUUCCUCUGGGAAGCAAAUACAUUCUCUCAAUGGAAUAAAAUGCAGACACAUUUAUUGUCAGAUUAAAACAAAACAACUCUUGAAAUUCCAAGAGAGUUACUUUUUUAUUAUGUGCCUAGUAAAAUUUAGUUAUUUCAUUUGGGUUCCAUUCAUAAUUUGAUGAAAUCAGUGCAGCUUAUUCUCUAGGGUUUUGUUGAUAAAGUAUAAAAGUAAACUAACAGGUUCUAAACUAGAGAUCUUAAGCAUCACAGUGACUCCUGUUUUGUGAGACAUUCGAAUUUGACAAUAGCUUGUUACCUAGAUAGUUUUAAAACUUUGUAAAUGGAAACUUAUAAAAAUUUGUAUUGGCCAGUUAUAUGAAUUCAUCCUCAUUUGUUAAGUUUUUCUUUGUAUAUUUGAAAGCAUUGUAAUACCACUAAUGGAACAUUUGGUUUGGUGUAUUUCAACAAAUAAGAUUACAUGACCAUCAUGUAAUCCAGUGCUGGUAAAUGUGAAGCAGCUUCUCAUGAAAAGCGACUUGUCAGAUAGCAUUCAUUUACUUGAUGUUUGUGGUGUGAAGUGCUCUCGCCACGGCUGCCUGCAGCUUUGCACCUGACGCCAUGAAGAUUGCGGUUGGAGAUAGGUGGAGCCGGCACCUGCCUCCAAGCCUUCAGAGGACCCAGCUCCAUCACAGCACCCAUACAGUGCUAUGCCCUGAUGAAUGUAUUGGUUACAUGGGGAGUAUAUCCAGUACCUGAAGAAGCUGUUGUUUCAUAUGAAGUUAGCAAGCAUUUGUCCCUGGUUCAUUUCUAGAAUUGUACUGGACAGUGAGGCAAUUAAUCUGGAAACAUCCAAGUGUGAAUUCUGAUUCUUGAAAGUUGUUGUGCCGAAGGAGGGUUGCACAUUCAUGGCACAUACUCUGUACCAUAGUUGUGUUUGACCAGCACAGUAUUCAAAAAAUUGGAGUUUUGAAUAAGUUUAAGAGGGUCUGCACUCUCAAGGUGGCCUGACAACCUAUUUUGUUAUACUCCCACACCUGAAUCUGUGAGGCCUUGGGCUGGCAGGUCCUGAGCAGACAUCAGGGGCUCUUCUGCUAUCACGCGCUGUUUUGAUUUGGAGUCAAGUCUUAGGGAUUUGAAUUUACUAAUUUAAGAUACUAAUUUCCUGUGAAAACUUGUCAAGACCAUUUUCUUGCAGGACUGAUAACCUCCAUGUUCUGCUUAUUUUAUGCCUAAGGAUAACAUUUCAUCAUAUACUUAAAUCCAUUUGAAAUAUGUGCUUGUCUAACACACAGGACUGGAAUUUAAUGAAAACAGAAUGUUGUGACUCAGGCUUUUGUAAAAAGAAAAAUUGAUCUUGGGUAAGAUAUUUUUGUUGGUCAUUAAAAUGUUCGUAAAUACA